AUGACGCUGUUCUCCUCCCCGCUCGCGACCGCCGCGCCGCUCUUCGCGCUCGCGGAGGGGUUGCGAGACGACAUCAAGCCGUCGUACUUCGCCACGCUCGGGCUCUUCGUCCUCUCCGCGCCCGGCCUGUGGUCGCUCGUGAAGCGCAGCGCGAAGAGCAAAGUCGAUCGAAAGACGUUCGAGGUCGCGGGACCGAGCGCGACGCCGUCGAUGCCGCUGGACGAGCUCGCGCGGGAGAUCGCGGCGUUCUUCAGGCGGAACAACUACGUCGUCGCGGACGCGGGGGAGGUCAUCACGUUCGAGGGAAACAUCGCCCCGGAGAAGGGCACGGCGGCGUACAUCACGUUUUGCGUCGCCGUCGGGUUGCUGUGCAUCGCGCUCGUGUGCUCGAUCGCGCUGCCGGGCGGGAACUUGUGGUACUCCAUCGCGCUCAUCUCGCCGCUGUCGGGGACGUAUUACAUGGACAACGCCGGGAGGAAGGAGAAGGUGAAGGUGAAGAUGGUGACCGCGGACGACGACAUGACGACGGACAUCAUCGUGGAGGGGGACGUGGAGGAGAUCGAACGCAUGCGCCGGGACCUGAACCUCGUGGAGAAGGGCAAGGUGUACGUGAAAGGCAUCCUCGAGCAGUGA